AUGGCUGGGAUGUACGGCUUUGCCCAGGAUGCGCCGCAGACCCCUCCGCGGAGGUCGCAGAUGGCCCCCGCCUAUGUGGACGAGCCCAUGCCAGUGCCAUCCCGCGCUUUUCAGGUGUCUCAGGCGAGCCAGCUUGGCAGGCAGCUGAAGCGGCCGCCGCACGCGGCGCCAGGGGCCUUCCUCGAGGCCUCAGGUCCUGAAGCUGUGGUUGGCAUCGUGCAGGAGAGCUUCAACAGGUGGCUCAGGGACAUCUCCAGCGAAGGCUACGUUCGGGAGGGCCUUGGGCUCUUUGGGCCAGCUUUGGGCUCCAGUCUUUGCGGUAUUGGCGUGCUUUGCGUCACGCUGGGUGUCUUUCUGCUCUUCGACCGCACGCUUCUUGCUCUCGGGAAUGUCGCCUUCCUUUUCGGGCUGGCCCUGCUGCUGGGCCCUACCAAGGCCUUCAAGUUCUUCUUCCGGAAGGAGAAGUGGAAGGGCACCACCGGAUACUUCGUGGGCAUUGCCAUCAUCAUUGUGGGCUGGCCAUUCGUCGGAUUCCUCACGGAGAUGUAUGGCAUUUGGAAGCUUUUUGCUGCAUUCCUCCCGAAUGUGCUGGCCUCGCUGAAAAUGACAGUGCCUGGCGCAGCGACAGUUCUGAACAUGUGGCCGCUUUCAUCACUUUGCAAUUUGAUCAACGACCAACGGCGGCUACCGGUGUGA